GGCAGCACAAUAAAUAAAUGCUCUUGUGUAAAAUGGCUGCGAAAAUAUUGGCAAUCGUGAGGUCAAAUCCUGUGUUGCGAAUUACUCCUGCAACUUUAUCUAUACAAUGGAAUAAAUUAUCGUCUGAUACUUCUAAGUCACAAUCUAGUGAAUCAAAGGACGAAGUCACACACACAGGACAGGCAUGGGAGAAUGAUGACUACCGCAUGUCCAGGUUUGAGUAUCAACCCAAGCAGGUUAACCCUAACUGGGCGAUAAACCUAAUUGCAAAGGUUCCCCCUAAGCCGGUGGAUGCCCACGUUGCUUGCUGUGAUGGAGGUGGAGGACCACUUGGCCACCCAAAAGUAUACAUAAACUUGGAUCAACCUGGCAAUCACACAUGUGGAUACUGUGGUCUUCGCUUCUAUCAAGAUCACCACCAUUAGUUGGUUGUAUAAAUUAUGUGUGUACCAUCCAAUAAGGCGUAGUGUAUGUUAGCAAUCCCCCUUAUAAUAUACUAUGAUAUGUGCAGCAGUAAUAUCUAUUACUUUAUGUAGAAUUUUCUUGGAAACAAUUGGUAAUGACAAUUGCAAUGUUUUCAGUGCUGUUUAUAUGUGAGCAUCCAAAAUGAUGUAAAGAAAUAGAAUACACUUGAUUUUCACUUACUUAUCAACUAUUUUUAAUUAGUGAAUAUUUCUGAAACCCUUCAUGUCAAUUGGAUAUUUAAUAAGCAGUCAAGCAUUGUACUGGAAUUUAAAUAGACACUUGCUAAAUAGUCAUUAUGCUUGCUGCUAGUUGUUACAGCUAUUGUUGAGAGAUAAUAAAUAGCUUUAUGCUUUCUGUAAAUA